UCUGCGCUUCCUUUCUCGCUCGUGCUCGAAGUCGCCGGUGCACCGCGCAGGCGUCGCCGUGAGUCCGAGCGGCGCCAGCAGCACGACAGAGCGUGGGCCGAGCGACGCAGGCAGCUGGACCGGGCGCAACUCAGCGACCGGCUCGAGAUGCUGCAGCGGCGGACCCCGGAGCCCGGACCCUCGGUCAAAGAGAGGCUCAGGGCCCUCAGGCAGAGUGCGCUGGAGCGGGAGGCCGAGUACAAGCGGGAGAUACAGAGCAUGGAGACACGCGUUCGAGCCAUGCCCCUGCUGCUGGAACGGCAAGCUGUGGCGGCGGCCCGUCGAAGGCUGGAACAGCAGUACGAGCGCAAGCUGAAGGAGCUGGGACUGAGCUACGAGUGGAUCCGGGAGAAGGCGCAACAACCUCGCGAUCGCCAACCGGAGCGGCGCGUCCUUUCGGCGACGCAGGGGUCGGAGACCGGAUCCCGCUUCCGCCCGGGCGUGGUGCACCGGUGUCCGGCCGUCCGGACUCCGCCUCCAGAAGCGACGGCCGGAGUCGUGAGGCGGUCACGCAGCGCCUCGUGCAGCCUCCGCUCGGCGCUCAGCCGAACCGAGAGCGCGAGCGACUUGUCUGCGUCCCUGCACGAUGGCGAACCCGAGCCCGGUGUUGUGGCAUCUCCACGGACUCCGCCAAGCGAGGAAGAGACGUGACCCUCUACGUGGAGUGCUUAGGUGGCCGUUUGACCUGCACAGUUGUCGGCGUCUUACGCUAGAAACGAUAUACACACGCGUGGUGCUUGGCACGUCGAAUAACCGUUACAUGUGAGGAGGGGGAGGACUAGGAGCCUGGUUCCGACCGAAGUGUAUACAGUGCGGAUCUUAGGAGCACUGCUGCGCACUUAGAUAAGUAAUGCCGACACCUAUUUGAAAGGCAACGUCUUUCUUAGCGAGUUACCCCCGCUUUUCCGUAUCGGGUACCUGGAUUUCUAGUCUUUUUUUUCAUGGGCCGAUCCCGAAGGUAUAGUGUACAGUCAAUAAAUUGGAACAGUCCGACGCUCCUUCUCACGCGCGGGGUAACACGACAUAUUGCCACGCCAAUGCCUCCGAGAAAGUAGGCCGGUGCACUCUGCUUUACGACGUCAUGCUACUAGUGGACCGAAAUUUCCACUGUCAAGCGUGGAGUGACGAAAGCGGUGACGUCAUAAUCACCGUGGCUUACUCGGGCGCAUCGCCAUUAUAUAGAUUCUGCGGCAGUCGUUCAAGGUAGCAUGACGUUGUGGAUCAUACUGCACAGGUCUCGUGCUAUCUAGGAGGCGUUGGCUAUGCCCUGUGACCCCACCCCAUUCUCACCGGCCCCCAACUCGUUCAGGGAGACAUUGUCUUUGAUCGGUUUCAACGGGAGCUUGAAUGGCCUUUCAACUUUUUUAGAACGUGUAUAAACUUUACCACAUGUUUCUUGCACGCAAAAGGUUAAAACUUAGUGAAGGAUUGUGAAGCAUUUACAAGAUAUAUUAAUUUUAUAAUAAAGUUUAUCUCGACAUGCCGAAA